AUGGCGUUACCAAAUCUAUCAUUGCAAAAUAUUUUUGCCAGUGUAGAUAUCGAUCGUUCUGGUAGAAUUAGUGUGGAUGAAUUACAACGGGCAUUGUCAAAUGGUACCUGGAAUCCGUUCAAUCCUGAAACUUGCCGGUUAAUGAUAAGCAUGUUUGAUUCUGAUCGGGAUGGUGCUAUCAAUUUCAAUGAAUUUUCUGCCUUAUGGGAUUAUAUCAAUCAGUGGACACAAUGUUUUCGUUCUUUUGACGUAGAUGGUUCUGGCAAUAUUGAUAAACGAGAGCUGUCAAUGGCACUUUCUAAAUUCGGUUAUCGAUUAAGUGAUCGAUUUAUUGAUCUCUUAAUGAUGAAGUUUGACAGGACACAUACCCAUCGUGUAAAUUUCGAUGAUUUUAUCCAGUUAUGCGUUGUUCUGCAAACGUUGACGGCAGCAUUUCGUGAUAAAGAUACUGAUCGUGAUGGUAUAAUUACUAUCGGAUAUGAAGAAUACUUAACAAUGGUAUUCACUUCAAACAUAUGA